CCUUCCCGGCUGAGGUGGGUUCAAGUAACCGCCGAUUCUUUUUCUUUUCUUUUAAUUUAAAUUAAUUUAUGAUUGCUCGUCCUUCUAUGCUAUUCCACCUCCAUUUCCGAUUUAAUCCAUCUUCUCUGUUUCUCUCUGGGGUUAGGGUUUCGUUUCCCAGGAGUCCGUUUUCUUUACCUGCGUUGACGUUCUUGCUAUAUUAGUCGUUUUAAUUCUAGAUAAUACAUUUUACUUUUCAUUUCUUUCGAGAGAGUGAAGAAAGAAGCCUCCCGGCGUUGGGAGGGUGGAAGAGAGAGUCGGAAAGUAUGGGUGGAGGAGAUGGUGAUCCCGGUUGUGCUGCUUCCCGCGUAGACGAGGAGGUCAAUGAUUCCAACUGCCGUGAUGGAGUCACUGUUAACAUCCGGUGCUCCAGCGGCUCCAGGUUCUCCGUUCAGAUUAAGCUGGAAUCUUCCGUUGAAUUUUUCAAAGCGGUUCUUGCUGAAAAGUGCGACGUACCUGCUGAUCAACAGCGCUUAAUUUACAAGGGCCGCAUCUUGAAGGAUGAUCAAACUCUCCUAAGCUAUGGAUUGGAAGCAGAUCAUACCGUCCACUUAGUUCGUGGCUUUUCAUCAGCAGCAGCAGCCAAUACAGGUACUGGAACCAACACUGGAGCUUCAAAUACCACUCAAAGUAACACAACAACUGUUGAUUCAAAUGAUAGCGGGCAUCUUGGAGGAUCCGGUUUUGCCUCUUCUUUGUUUCCUGGAAUUGGUAUGGAUGGCUUAGGCAGUAAUCAAGGUUUAUUUGGAACUGGACUUCCAGGGUUUGAACAAGUGCAGCAACAGUUGAUCAGAAAUCCCAAUAUUAUCAGAGAAAUAAUGAAUAUGCCCAUUGUUCAGAACCUAAUGAAUAACCCUGAUGUAAUGCGAAACUUGAUUAUGAACAAUCCUCAAAUGCGAGAAAUCAUUGAUCGGAAUCCUGAGCUCGCUCCCAUACUUAAUGAUCCAAGCACCCUUCGUCAAACUCUUGAAGCUGCUAGAAACCCAGAGCUUAUGCGUGAAAUGAUGCGUAAUACUGAUAGAGCUAUGAGCAAUAUCGAGUCAUCUCCAGAGGGAUUCAAUAUGCUCAGGCGCAUGUAUGAAACUGUACAAGAGCCAUUUCUAAAUGCAACGACAGUGGGUGCGAAUACUGGACAUGAUAACUUAAACCAGUUUCCUGCACUUUUGGGAGCACGAGGUGGUAACCAGGCUAGAGAUGGAUCCACCAACCAGCCAACAACUGCCUCCGAAACCACUACUGAGUCUCCUGCUCCAAACACUAACCCACUUCCCAAUCCUUGGACAUCUGCUGGUGCAGGUGGAGGUGCUCAAACUAACACAGCAAGAUCAGAUCCUGUUGGGAAUACCAGGCCUCAAGUGCCUGCUGGGUUAGGAGGACUUGGUCUCCCAGACUUUGAAGGGAUGUUGGGUGGUACACAGGAUCCCAAUUUACUUAAUCAGUUGAUGCAAAAUCCAGCUAUUACACAAAUGAUGCAAAGCUUUCUUUCCAACCCUCAAUACAUGAACCAGAUUCUUGGUCUUAAUCCCCAACUUCGCAGCAUGUUUGAUUCCAAUUCUCAACUGAGGGAGAUGAUGCAAAAUCCAGAAUAUCUACGGCAGUUGACUUCUCCUGAGACAAUGCAGCAACUAUUGAUCUACCAGCAGUCUCUUCUAUCUCAGCUUGUUGGUCAACAAUCAACCCAGGAAUCUGGCCGGGCUGGUGGAAGCACAGGGACUCCCAACAACACUGGUUUAGAAAUGUUGAUGAGGAUGUUUGGUGCACUUGGAGCUGGCAGCCUAGCUGCUCCCAGCAGAUCUGAUGUGCCUCCGGAACAACUAUAUGCCACCCAGAUGUCACAGCUUCAAGAAAUGGGUUUCUUUGACACUCAGGAGAAUAUCCAGGCAUUGAUUGCGACUUCAGGGAAUGUACAUGCUGCAGUGGAGAGACUUUUGGGGAAUUCCAGCCAUUAACUUCUUACCAUGUAUGUUUUUCUUAAUGUCCUUUGUGUGGAAAUCGGUCAGUUUGCACCUUGGUUGCAUCCAGGCACCAUUUCGGGUCUGAAUAAAAGUUCAAAUAUGAUUUUAAAGGCUGCUGCUGCGAACUUGUUAGUAUCUUCAUGGGGAUUAUUGGUGCGUGCAGCUGCAUCCCGUACAUACUUCGUACGAUAAAAAAUUUGUUAUAUGAAUGGUUUAGUGUUUGGAUUUUCUAACCUUUUUUCUUUCUUAAUUUCGAAAUCUUAAUAUGUUGUGAAAUGUGGACUUUUACACGGGUGGCAUGUGUCUCCAUCAGCGUGCCAAUUGUAAGGCUUUCUUUUCUGUUCAUUGUAGGUUCGUUUUUGUAUAUUUUGUUCUUAGCUCUGCCAGGUUUUCAUAUGGGGUCUUGUACCCUAAUCGGUUGCUCCACCGUCCGCAGAGAUGUUUUGCCAGCCCCUGGCGUCCAUUAUGUUAUAUAUCUAUAUAUAUACUGUUGGAUCUAGGUGGGAUUGCCCACCUGUGCGA